UCGUCGUACUGUUUCUUACUGACCAGUCUUGUUUGGUCUGAUUGAGUGGUAUGUUACAGUUUGUUAAUGUAGUUAAGUCCGAAGUGAAUUUGUAUUGUUUUGUUGUUAGUAGAGUAAGUUGUAUAAGUAUAAGCAUGCGCAUCUUCUGGUAUUGUUUAGAAUUUUGCAAAAGUGACAUGAUAACUAAAAAAGUAAUUUGUAAAUUAUUUGUUGGUAUUUUUAUGUGACACAAUUACCCAUUAAUUUUUUUAUAAACCAUUUUAUUUUCAUGGAUUUAUGAAAGUUGUUGAAUAUGUAUUUUUUCGCGUAAAAGUAUGCGCAUUAUUCCUGUAAACUCAAUCGUUGAUACUUGGAAACUGAUAGAAAAACGAGGGAAUAAUCAAGAUUGUAAUUUAGAAGACGAAACUCAAUGUAUCAGUUAUAAAACAAAGAUGCUUAAUCGUGAAAAUUGGUCUACUGAACGUAGCGGAAAUUCAUGCAGACUUUCAAAUAAAAACCGAACAGAUCAAUUGAGUUCUGGUGCUUUUGAAAAUGGAUUCCUAACGAAGGAUAAAAAUAACCAGAGAUCACUGUUAUGCAAGGACUUGUUCAUCUAUGAGUGGCGAAAGAAGUGUCUCUACUCAUUAUUACUAGGACUCAUAGUAAUGGUCAUAUUGAACCUAAGUUUAACGAUGUGGCUUUUUAAUGUUAUGGAAUUCAGUUCGGAAGGGAUUGGUGCAAUGCGAAUAAUGAAAAGAGGAGUUGAACUCAGAGGUCAAGCAGCUGUUCUGGACAAUCUUAUUGCAUCAACAAUUAGUUCAAGAAAUGGAAGAAACCUUAUGCUAGAGUCAUGGAGUAAUUUUACGGCCACUACUCGAGCUGCAAACGGUCAUAUUUCAGCGCGGCUUACUUUGAAUGAAAAACAAGUUGAUUUGAUAACGAAAUCCUUUGAAAUUGCAAGUCUUGACGGUGAAACAUUAUUUUCAGCAGAUCGAGAACAAGUUGUUGUUGGUGCCACAUUAUUAAAAGUAACAGGAGUUGGUGGUGCAACUUUUCAUGGAAGUUUAGAGACUUCACUUGUGCGAUCUGAGUCUGGAUUAGGUCUAAGGUUAGAAUCAUCAACAAGAGCAUUAGAGGUUCGCGCUUCGGAACGUGUUGUUGUCGAAUCCAGAGCUGGAGAAAUAUUGACUAAUUCAUUAUUGGAUUUGACACUACAGAGUGUUGAAGGUGCUGUCAAGUUGGAUGCGAAGAUUAUCAUUUUAAAAGGACUAACAAUACAAAUAAAAUUUACUCAUGAUGAUCAACGACAGCAUUAUCAAUCAAUACCCAAAAAUCGUUCUAUAACAAAUGAAGAAAAAUUAAGCGUUUAUCAAUUAUGUGCAUGUGCAAAUGGCAAGCUCUUUUUAGCAAGACCAGACGGAAUAUGUCAAGCAGAUAAUACAAUAUGUUAUUAAUUUGAAAAAUUAUGAGUAUCCUACAGUUACAUAUGUUACAUCCUAAUAAAGUGAAAUAUUAUUCAAAAAAAAAUGUUUUUAUCAAAAUAUAUUCCCAACAAUCCCUGUCAUAUUUCAUUUUCUUCUAUAUCAAUAU